GCCGGUGACCGGGUUUCCGGUUCUGAUCGUGAAGACAAAAGGCUUUAUAGCGAUACUAAAGACAUUUACAUACUGAAACGACAAAUCGUGGCGUCCUGUUUGCUUCUCCGGUGGCUGUUUGUGUCUGUUUUAACCUAAAAUCAGAGCACGCGGAGGCAGCAGUGAGAGUGGAUCACGCCGAGCAGCGCAGCACUGUUGUGUUAGCUGAGUCAAAAUGGCGUCUGCGUGCCCACUCAACACUCGUUUAAUCCAUCUGUGAUUAGCUCGAUAACUGCAUUUAGCCAGCCCGUGACUGUUUUCUGGUGGUUUCGGUCCGGUUUCCCACGCUGACACAGCCGGAGCUGAUUUCAGCGUCAUGUCGGACUCGGAGGAGGACAGCCAGGACAGGCAGCUCAAAAUUGUAGUGAUCGGAGACGGUGCGUGUGGGAAGACAUCACUCGCCACCAGGUUUGCGCAGGAGGCCUUUGGGAAGCAGUACAAACAAACCAUCGGCCUGGAUUUCUUUCUAAAGAGAAUAAGCCUUCCAGGUAACAUGAACGUGACGCUGCAGGUGUGGGACAUUGGAGGCCAAACGUUAGGAGGGAAAAUGCUGGAUAAAUAUGUAUAUGGAGCUCAUGGGGUUCUCCUGGUUUACGACAUCACCAACUACCAGAGCUUUGAGAAUCUGGAAGAUUGGUUCAGCAUGGUGAAGAAGGCCAACGAGGAGUCUGACAUCCAGCCUGUCAUCUCCCUGAUUGGGAACAAAAUCGACCUGGAGCACAUGAGGACAGUGAAGGCUGACAAACACCAGCGUUUCUGCCAAGAGAACAGCCUCAUCAGCCAGUUCGUAUCGGCCAAGACGGGAGACUCGGUGUACCUUUGUUUCCAGAGAGUGGCUGCUGAGAUUCUGGGUGUAAAGCUAAACAAAGCAGAAAUAGAGCAGUCCCAGCGUGUGGUGAAGGCGGACAUCGUGAACUACAGUCAGGACACCGUGGCCAGGACAGUCAACCCCCCUCGCAGCUCCAUGUGUGUGAUGCAGUGACCCCCCCCCAUGUUCAGCAAACACACACACAUACACACACAAACAAAGUCACACUUAAAAAUGUAAAUUUGCCUUCAGUCAGUAUUCCUCUUUUCGGGUUAGUGGGGUGACUGGAUGAGAUGUGCUCAGAGUGAGUCCUCUGUGUUCCUGUGUGUCAGUUGUACGAGCGAGAUGAAGAGCAGACCGUGUGGUUUCGAGGCCUUGGCCUGUAGUUCGGAUAUUUAGCAAGAUUGGUUUCUUGGGUGGUUUACCAAAAAGGAAAUGGGAUCUCCUUUUUUUUUCAAGUUAACACGCAGCUAUCAUUUUAUUUCUAUGAUUCACCUUAAAUAAAUAUAAAAAUACGACAUAUGUGUUACGAUAUGUGUUAGAAUAAAGCUGGUUGUUUAAAAGAGAAAGACUUUAAUCACUCUGGUAAUUGAAAACAUUUUUAUAUAUCAGUAUAUUUUCCUCUGCCAUUGCUAUUAGAGACCUUUGUUUAAAUGAUUAGAUACGCUGCAGUAUAUUUCUAAAGACUAUCAACACCUGUCAAAUCCGCCUCUACAAAGUGGAUUUGCCAUAAAAGUUAAACAGGGAGGUUAAAACCAAAUGUUCUUUUAUGUCUGUGGUGCUCCUCAGUUGGACAGAAGGGAAGUAGGCAUUGAAAAAUGCUGUAGUGGACUGAAAUGAAUCUCUGUUUUCAAUUUGCCAAUUAGGGGCUUGCACUAGCUGUGCUGUGACAUGAACUGUGUACUGUUAUUUUAAAUAGAAAUAUUCAAAUUUUACAAUCAGAAAUCAAUACAUUUUAUAUUCAGAUUAUAUUCAAAUAAUAAUCUCGGUUCUCCAGAUGUUUUGCAUAGAGUCUACAAUGCAUUUUGAUAAUUUCGUUUUUCAUUUCCACACUGUGUGACAUUCCCAGGUUUCAUCCUGUUACAUGAAAAUUCAGAUGCUGUGUUAAUAAAGUGUUGAUGAAGGUAGGUGACUCUGACUCAGGAAGUACGCGAGUGUCAAGCUGAGCGUGAGCUGAGCUGAAAUAUACAACAUUUUAUUAGAGGUCUCUACAUAGCCUUAUUCAGCUGUCCGUUAUAGAACAGAAGUCUGCAUUGAAGAAUGGCUAUGACGCAUGAAAUGCUUCAUAGGAUCUUCAUUUUAAUAGCCUGUUUGUCAGUAUGUGUAUCGUUAGAGAACUGAGAUAUUGUACGUUUAACCAGUUUUGUCAAAGUAGUUUCUACAUGACUGUACAUGUUGGCAUGUUUUAAUGUGUUGUCCACCGACCGAAAUAUUCGCCAUAUGUGUAAAAUAUGUAUUUGUACAAUAAAAGCUCCAUUUCAAAGCUGCUUUCAUUGAUUAGGAAUGAUCAGAACGCAUCCUGUAAAUCCUGAUCAUCUAAAGAAUAUGUACGCUUAAAAAAAAUUGAGAAUGUACAGUUUAAAGUGAUUGUGUAGUUGACGUUAAACAGCGGCAGAGUUUUGUGUUUCUAAAUAAAAAUGGUACAUGGAAAAUACGAAA